AUGCUCGUCCGGGUGACUGGCGUCAUUGUGAGAAUGAAGAGCAAAAAGCAGUUGUCUAAGCUGCCUGGCUUACGCAGGGAGAAAGAGAGCAAAAGGAAGGCGGAAGAAGAAGGCAAACCUCCCCGAGAGGAACCGGAAGCGAAGGAGGAAGAAGGAAAAGAAGCAGAAGAAGAAGAGGAAGAAAAGCCUGUCCUAGAAGAGGAACCUUCACCGGAAGCGGUAGUUUUCCCGCCAGAGGAACCUCCGAAAGAAAUAACUUUGCCACAAAUGCCUAUGCCACAAAUUCCCGUGCCAAGACCGAGACGGGCAUCGGGAAAAAAAGCCGCCGAGGAGGACGCAGACUUGGAAUCCACUAAAGGAGUUGCGGGCGAUACGAUGGCUAGAUUACAUGCAGAACUGGUUGCCCAGCAUGAAAUGAUGGAUAUCCAGUUGGCGACCGCGUUUCUAGCAAGGAAUCGAGUCCACGUAGUUGCCUUCGUUGUGCUUUUCUUAAUCCUAAUAAGGGCAAUUGUACUUCGCAGGGAGAGAGAGCGCAAAAGGAAGUCGGAAGAAGAAGGCAAACCUCCCCGAGAGGAACCCGAAGCGAAGGAGGAAGAAGGAAAAGAAGCAGAAGAAGAAGAGGAAGAAAAACCUGUCCUAGAAGAGGAACCUUCAACGGAAGCGGUAGUUUUGCCGCCAGAGGAACCUCCGAAGGAAAUAACUUUGCCACAAAUGCCUAUGCCACAAAUUCCCGUGCCAAGACCGAGACGUAAGCCAAAAGCGGAAGUUCCACCUGAAAAACAACCAGAGGAGCCUGGUGGCGAUGGAAUACCGGAUGAAGAAUUCAUAGAGAGGCCGAUAACUCGUUCGAGGACUCGGAAGGAGUUUGUCCGGAAGAAGGUGCCUCCUCCCGAGGCCCCUACCCAGGUGCAGCCAGGUAUUGAAGAGGAAGAGGAAGUGGAAGAAGAGCCUUUCCAACAACCGCCUCAGCCACCACUUGUAGAGCCUACUACAAUACCACCUACAUGGCCGCAGCUUCCAGAACAACCAGUGCCAGUUUUAGCGCCUGGCGUGCCAGAAGUGGCGUAUGUGGAGCCUUCUGUCCCUCCAGCAGUCGUCACUCCCCUGGAGAAAUGCUGGGCUAGCGAACCGGUUAAGGCGUCUAUAGGUACUCUGGGUUUCCUGGCAAAUGCCUCUAUAACUCUGAAACAGGAGAAUGAGGACCAGAUUUUGAUCUUGAGGAAGAAAACGUUGGACCGCUUGGCUGCGCUGGACAAAGCACUGAAAGAAGAUAUUCUAGUGUUCCAAAAGGUAUGGAUGAAGGGGAUGCUUCAGCUCGACCGGAUACCGCUGGAGGUGGAUGCAAAUUUUAUUCAGGAACUAAAUUUACUAUUGUCAAGGAGCCGUCAAGCACCUGUGGGGCUGUCACCUUCUGGAAUAACGGACAUAGAUAUGCAAUCCAUCAGAGAGAUGUUUGCUCAGCAACAUGAGGAUGUGCAAGCUCUCGAGACUGCGCAGGACUACGAUGGUGUUUCCGCUGCAACAGGGUUAGAACGGGCUUCAGAAAACUCGAGAGGCGCUGACGCAACUUUGUUCCCACUUCUGAUAUAUCCGUGCUACUCAGUGAAAGAGUGGUGCUUUUGUGACAGUUUUUGCAGUGCAGUGCCAGUUCUAGCGCCUGGCGUGCCAGAAAUUGCGUAUGUGGAGCCUUCUGUCCCUCCAGCAGUCGUCACUGUGCCGCCCCACGAGAUCCCAGAACUCGCACCUAUCCCUUGGUUCCUGGAAGAUGGGGAAAUGCAAAGGUUGAGGGCUCGGCGGAGCCUCUUUAGCAGUCUGGUAGACGUUGCGACCAGGAUGGUAGAUGAAUUACCGGGCAAUGAGGCACAAAGGAUUGUUAAGGCAUUGAAGAAGAAGUUGCAAACGGCUGAAAAGGCAGAAAGGGAAUACGAUAUUUCAGAGGGCCGCCGCGAUCCGAAUCUUCCAAGCAUUCGGAAGACGGCCAUCGAUGUAAUAAGCUCAUCCAUUGAGGGAUCCCGCGAUGGUCUACUGCAGCUGGUAAAUAUGGCAAAAGCGCACGGUGAGCAAGUGUUUAUGCACUGUUCUGAGAGGCUUUUUUUUACGAAUGUCGAGCGCUUCCGGAAGCCCCUGGAGAAAUGCUGGGAUAGCGAACCGGUUAAGGCUUCUAUAGGUACUCUGGGUUUCCUGGCAAAUACCUCUAUAACUCUGAAACAGGAGAAUGAGGACCAGCUUAGGAUCUUGAGGUCAGCACAAUUCGUAGACGAGUACAAACCACAUGCUUUCGUGGAUAUUUACGCAGCCAUUGCUGCCAUGAACUUCAAGAAGAGAACGUUGGACCGCUUGGCUGCGCUGGACAAAGCACUGAAAGAAGAUAUUCUAGUGUUCCAAAAGGUGUGGAUGAAGGGGAUGCUUCAGCUCGACCGGAUACCGCUGGAGGUGGAUGCAAAUUUUAUUCAGGAACUAAAUUUACUAUUGUCAAGGAGUCGUCGAGCACCUGUGGGGCAGUCACCUUCUGGAAUAACGAACAUAGAUAUGCAAUCCAUCAGAGAGAUGUUUGCUCAGCAACAUGAGGAUGUGCAAGCUCUCGAGACUGCGCAGGACUACGAGGGUGUUUCCGCUGCGUACGAACGAGCGAAGCUGUUCAACGAAAAGCUCAAAUACUUAUUGGAUGUGCAAAAGAACAAGUUGCAUGCAACCCUGGAGCGCCAGCCGCUCACCAAGGAAGAGGCGAACGCUGCGGCUGAGGCGAUGACGAGAUUUGCUGAAACUGCCCUCGACGAAGGCGAAGAUUGUUGGCGUUACUUGCAGAUUGUGAAUUCAGAGAUUAGCGGGAAAUAUGAAGAGGGGCCCGGCGUAUCUACUGGCAAGGCGUUGUUGCAAAUGCUGACAACCAAGAAAAAGGCCGGCACUGCUGAGUCAGGAGAGGCUGUUAUAAACCCUGACAGCGCUGUCGCGACUGGUGUGAAGCAGUAUUUUUCCGAGCUGUGGCGCCACAUAGACACUACGGCGAGGGACCACUGGAUAAGGGCGCAGGAUAUGCUCGAGAAGGUGAAGAAAGGGGCAAAGUACAAACUCGAUAAGGAGGGAUUUGGAUCCACUGCACUGGAUGCGAAGACGAACCUGAGGGUGGAGAUAGCGAGGACGAGAACAGAGGGAGCAAUUCCCUCGACGCUACUGCGAUAUUUUAGUAGAUUAGUAAAGGAACUUGAGUCGUAUGAUGAUACGGUAAAGGCUGUAUUCGUGUUUCCACUCCAGCAAGAAGCACCGGAGUGGCGUCAGAUAGGAAUUCUGAAGGAGAAGUUUGACUUUGAAAAGGCACUCGCCAGGGACAGUCAAAGCUCUGCCGCGGUGCCGGGACAUGCAGAUACAAUUCUGCAGACGUGCUUGCAAAUCCGGACGCUGUUCGAAUCAGCGAGGUCGGCUCAGCUUAAACAGGCAAUGGAGAAGCCGUACGCUGUUCUUCAUGGUGCAGAACAGGGUUAG